AUGUUACAUCAAGUAUUGCAUGCGGUGGGUUUUGCUCAUGAUCAAGCCAUAAUUGAUCCAUUACUAUUACAAUCAUCAUCAGUCAUUAAAGCUGUUCAUUUGGUUGAAGGUUCAAUUGAAAAUCGAAAUUUAAACGUUUAUUAUUCACAUGUAGCCAUACUAGAAUUAAGAUCAGUUAAUAUAUUUGAUAAACAACAAUCUUUACAAUAUUCAGAUCGAAUCACAACUUUUUUAUCUCAGUUAGCACAAGAUCUUCGACUUCGUAUUAUUGCUUUAGUCAAUGUCUACAGUCAUUUCACAGGCGAUUAUUCUGUUGACUAG